GCUGGCCUUUCUCUUGUUUGGCUACAGCUGACAGCCAGAGGCAGGAGAGGAGGAGUCAGACCUUCAUCCUGAAGAGACUUCAGGAACAAAAGCAUGUACACUGUUUUGGAAAGAAGUAAGAUUUGGACAUCUCCAUGUUAACUAUGAACGUGACACUUUCCCCCCUGAGGUCACAGGACUUGGAUCCCAUGGCAACUGAUGCUUCACCCAUGGCUGUCAACAUGACACCCACAGUGGAGCAGGGAGAGGGAGAAGAGGCCAUGAAGGACAUAGAUUCUGACCAGCAGUAUGAAAAGCCACCCCCACUCCACACAGGGGCUGAUUGGAAGAUUGUCCUCCACUUACCUGAAAUUGAGACCUGGCUCCGGAUGACCUCAGAAAGGGUCAGAGACCUAACCUAUUCAGUCCAGCAGGACUCAGACAGCAAGCAUGUGGAUGUUCAUCUAGUACAACUAAAGGAUAUUUGUGAAGACAUUUCUGACCACGUUGAGCAAAUCCAUGCCCUCCUUGAAACCGAGUUCUCCCUGAAGCUGCUGUCCUACUCCGUCAAUGUGAUCGUGGACAUUCACGCAGUGCAGCUCCUCUGGCACCAGCUUCGAGUCUCCGUGCUAGUUCUGCGAGAGCGCAUUCUGCAAGGACUGCAGGACGCCAAUGGCAACUACACCAGGCAGACAGACAUUCUGCAAGCUUUCUCUGAAGAGACAGAGGAGGGCCGACUUGAUUCUCUAACAGAAGUGGAUGACUCAGGACAGUUAACUAUCAAAUGUUCUCAAAAUUACUUGUCUCUGGAUUGUGGCAUUACUGCAUUUGAACUCUCUGACUACAGCCCAAGCGAGGAUUUGCUGGGCAGCCUGAGUGACAUGACCUCUAGCCAGGUCAAAACCAAACCCUUUGACUCUUGGAGCUACAGUGAGAUGGAAAAGGAGUUCCCCGAGCUGAUCCGGAACGUUGGGCUACUCACGGUAGCCGCUGACUCCAUCCCUUCCAACUGCAGAGAGGCCGCCAGUGAGGAGGCGUCUCAAGUGUCCCUUUCAGCAGCCCACAAAGGUGGAGGUGGGGAAAACGAAGAUUCUGGGGUCAAAGAGCAAUCAGGGCCUUCAUCUUCAGGGGACAUUCUGACAAAGGCUCUUCAUCACUCUUCUGACAACGCAGAGCAAGACUCUAGUUCCUCCCUGCACCUUGGUGCAAAGAAUCAACAGCCUCUUCCUUGUGAAAACACAACCCCUAAGCGAUCCAUCAGAGAUUGCUUUAAUUACAAUGAAGAUUCUCCCACACAGCCCACAUUGCCCAAAAGAGGGCUUUUCCUUAAAGAAGAAACUUUAAAGAACCUUCUGAAAGGCAGUGAUGGCAGGCAGCACAUGGUUGAUCUGAAGCCCGAAUUGAGCAGAAGUACUCCCUCCCUGGUGGACGCUCCGGACAGAUCCAAGCUCUGUCUGGUGUUACAGUCUUCCUAUCCCAGCAGUCCAUCUGCUGCCAGCCAGUCCUACGAGUGUUUGCACAAGGUGGGUAUUGGGAAUAUUGAAAAUGUAGUUAGAAGUCACAUUAAAGAAAUAUCUGCUAGCUUGGGAAGGCUUAAUGACUGCCACAAAGAAAAACCUCGACUUAAAGAGCUACACAAGACCUUAGAAGAGGUGCUGGCAUGCCAGACACCUAAACCAGGAGCUGGUUCCGGCAAGCAGGAUGAAAACAUGAGAUGCCCACUGCUGCUGAAUGGAAAGGCUCCCAGUGCUCCCAAGGUCACAGAGGGGCGGGAAACAGAUUCUGCUUCCACCUCCUCAGCUGAGCUGUGCAGUCAGAGGCAUUGGGACCCCCAAUUGCCAGUGCAGUCAGAAACAUCCAGUUCACCACCUUUCACUCAGAGUAGUGAAUCCUCUGUUGGCUCGGACAAUACCAUGUCCCCAGUACCUCUUCGCAAACAUGAAAGCAACAAUGGCUGCUCCUCCCCCACUCCAAGCCAUGGCACCAAGAACAGUCAAGUUGCGGAGGCCUGGUAUGGCUCUGAUGAAUACCUCGCUCUGCCCUCCCACCUUAAGCAGACAGAAGUCUUAGCCUUGAAGCUGGAAAAUCUCACCAAGCUUCUGCCUCAGAAACCUAGAGGAGAAAUCAUUCAGAAUAUUGAUGACUGGGAACUCUCUGAAAUGAAUUCGGACUCGGAGAUCUAUCCAUCAUACCAUAUCAAGAAGAAACAUACAAGGCUAGGCAGAAUGUCUCCAAGCUCCUCUAGUGACAUAGCUUCUUCCCUGGGAGAAAGCAUUGAAUCCGGGCCCCUGAGUGACAUUCUUUCUGAUGAAGAAUUGUUUAUGCCACUCGCUGGCAUGAAAAAAUACAUGGAUGAGAAAUCAGAAAAAGCUUCAUCCUCUGAGAAAAAUGAAAGUCAUUCUGCUGCAAAAUCAGCUCUAAUCCAGAAACUAAUGCAAGAUAUUCAACACCAAGACAACUAUGAAGCCAUAUGGAAAAAAAUAGAGGGGUUCGUAAAUAAGCUGGAUGAGUUCAUUCAGUGGUUAAACGAAGCCAUGGAAACCACUGAGAACUGGACUCCUCCCAAAGCAGAGACGGAUGGCCUUAAACUAUACCUGGAGACACACUUGAGUUUUAAGUUGAAUGUGGACAGUCACUGUGCUCUCAAGGAAGGCGUGGAGGAGGAAGGACAGCAACUUCUUGAGCUUCUUGCAUCCCACAAAGCAGGACUGAAGGACAUGCUGAAGAUGAUUGCAAGUCAAUGGAAAGAGCUGCAGAGGCAAAUCAAACGGCAACACAGCUGGAUUCUCAGAGCCCUGGAUACCAUCAAAGCCAAGAUCCUGGCUACUGAUGUGUCUGUGGAGGAUGAGGAAGGGACUGGAAGCCCCAAGGCUGAGGUUCAACUAUGCUACCUGGAAGCACAAAGAGACGCUGUUGAGCAGAUGUCCCUCAAGCUGUACAGCGAGCAGUAUACCAGUAGCAGCAAGAGAAAAGAGGAGUUUGCUGAUAUGUCAAAAGUUCAUUCAGUAGGAAGCAAUGGGCUUCUGGACUUUGAUUCAGAAUAUCAGGAGCUCUGGGAUUGGCUGAUUGACAUGGAGUCCCUUGUGAUGGACAGCCACGACCUGAUGAUGUCAGAGGAGCAGCAGCAGCAUCUUUACAAGCGGUACAGUGUAGAAAUGUCCAUCAGACAUCUGAAAAAGACGGAGCUGCUUAGUAAGGUUGAAGCUUUGAAGAAAGGUGGCGUUUUACUACCAAAUGAUCUCCUUGAAAAAGUGGAUUCAAUUAAUGAAAAAUGGGAACUGCUUGGGAAAACCCUAAGAGAGAAGAUACAGGACACAAUGGCAGGGCACGGUGGGUCAGGGCCACGUGACCUGCUCUCUCCUGAAAGUGGAAGCCUGGUAAGGCAGCUGGAGGUCAGGAUCAAAGAACUGAAAGGGUGGCUCAGAGAUACGGAGCUUUUCAUCUUCAAUUCCUGUCUGAGACAAGAAAAGGAAGGAACAAUGAAUUCUGAGAAACAACUGCAGUACUUUAAGUCCCUCUGCCGUGAAAUCAAGCAGCGGCGUCGAGGAGUGGCUUCAAUUCUGCGCCUGUGCCAGCAUCUUUUGGAUGACCGAGAUACCUGUAAUCUGAACGCGGACCACCAGCCCAUGCAGCUGAUCAUUGUCAAUCUUGAAAGAAGGUGGGAAGCCAUUGUCAUGCAAGCUGUCCAGUGGCAAACGCGACUGCAAAAGAAGAUGGGAAAGGAAUCUGAGACUUUGAAUGUGAUCGAGCCUGGCUUGAUGGACCUAAACGGGAUGAGUGAGGAUGCCCUGGAAUGGGAUGAAACAGACAUAAGUCACAAGUUAAUUAGCUUGAAUGAAGACUCCAGCGACCCAGAUCUAAAUCUCCAGCCUGGCGCGCCUCCAUCGACCCUGGGCGAGACAGCCAGUGAGGACCGGGGCUUUGAGAAGGGAGCACGCAGCCACGGAGCAUCUCAACCCGCCCCAUGCGUGGCCGCGCCCCCCAGCCCACCCAUUUACCAGGUGUACAGCCUCCACAACGUGGAGCUCUGCGAGGACAGCCACGUGCCAUUUCUCAACAACAGUCCAAAGGCCGCCGGCAUGGCGCAGACUGGUGUGUUGACCAAGAGUCUCAGUAAAGACUCUUCGUUUUCAUCUGCAAAAUCUUUGCCAGAUCUUUUAGGGGGUUCCGGUUCCAGUUUGGGGAGGCCUUGCCUGUGCCUCGCUGGAGACGUGAGCCAGAAUUCGGGCAGUGAGAGUGGAAUUGUCAGUGAAGGAGACACCGAAACCACCACCAACUCCGAACGGUGCUUGCUCAGUGUGGUAGAUGGGUCCCCGGGGAACCUUGAAGCCAAACAUCUGGACCCCACACUGGGGGUUGCAGUGAACGUGGUAAAGCAAAACCUUAAAGAUGAGGAGGAAUGCAUGAAGUGUCCAAAUAGCUCUCAGCCAUCAAUCUCACCAGUAGGUUGUGUAAAUGGAAAAGCUGGAGAUUUAAACAGUGUUACCAAACAUCCCCCUGAUUGUUUGGGAGAAGAAUUACCAGGAAAACACGAUGUGUUUACAUUUUAUGAUUACUCAUACCUCCAAGGCUCAAAACUCAAAUUACCAGUGAUAAUGAAGCAGUCACAAAAUGAAAAAGCACAUGUGGGCGAUCCCCUUCUUCGUCGUGGUUUUUACUUUGACAAAAAAUCCUGCACAUCUAAACAUCCGACUUCAGAGUUACAAGCAGAUGCUCCUCCCCACGAAAGGAGUUUGCCAAGUGCAGCCCAUGAAAUGGAUCACAAUUCCUAUAAAAGUACCGAGAUAGAGAAGACAUUUGCUGGCAUUCAGAGUGCCACGCAGCUCUCUCUUUUAUCUGGGAGUUCAUCUGUCGAGUCCCUUUCUCCAGGGGGUGAUUUAUUUGGACUGGGUGUCGUUAAGAACGGCAGUGACAACCUCCAGAGAAGCACUUCUUUAGAAAGUUGGUUGACAUCCUAUAAAAGCAACGAAGAUCUUUUUAGCUGUCACAGCUCUGGGGACUUAAGUGUGAGCAGUGGCUCUGUUGGUGAACUGAGUAAGAGGACAUUAGAUCUUCUGAAUCGUUUGGAGAAUAUUCAGAGCCCCUCUGAGCAAAAGAUAAAGAGAAGCAUCUCUGACAUCACUCUCCAAAGCAGUUCUCAAAAGAUGGCCUUUCCUGGCCAGAUGUCAUUAGACAUAGCGUCUUCUAUCAACGAAGAUUCAGCAGCAUCUCUUACAGAACUUAGUAGCAGUGAUGAGCUUUCUCUUUGCUCAGAGGAUAUUGUGUUACACAAGAACAAGAUCCCAGAAUCCAACCCGUCGUUCAGGAAGCGCCUGAAUCGUUCAGUGGCUGAGGAGAGCGAUGUCAACGUCAGCAUGAUCGUUAAUGUCUCCUGCACCUCUGCUUGCACGGACGACGAGGAUGACAGUGACCUGCUCUCCAGCUCUACACUCACCUUGACGGAAGAGGAGCUGGGUCUCAAAGAUGAGGACGAUGACUCCAGCAUUGCGACUGACGAUGAAAUUUAUGAAGAAUGUCACCUGAUGUCAGGACUGGACUACAUAAAGAAUGAAUUGCAGACCUGGAUUAGGCCAAAACUUCCCCUGACAAGAGAUAAGAAACGGUGCAACCUCAGCAAUGACCUGAAGGGCAGUCAAGAUGCGAGCAGGAGUGAGGAGACCAAGCCCCCCGACACCCUGAACAUCGAGGCCCUUCUCAACAGCUCCAGGAAAUGUCUCUCUGAAAACAAUGGAAAUGGUAGGAAUUCUUCUCAUACUCGUGAGUUUGAGACAAAGAGUGAAAAUAAGAAAAAUAUGUUCAAAGUGAAUAAGGAUCCACAUGCAGCCGACGUGGAAAAUGGCAACAUUGAAAGUGUUCCAGAGAGGCAAAAGAAUAAGCCGAAUGGGAAUUCAGAGGCACCAGAAAAUGUUGGUGCAAAUGAGAAGAAGAUUUCAGAAAGUGAGCAUUGUACAUGUAAAGCAUUAGGGGACAGUUCAGAUGAUUCAAAUAUUGCUAGAAAGGAAUUUGUUCCAGAAAAUGCUAGGCAUCUUCCGAAGAAAUGUCCAAAUCACCACCAUUUUGAAAAUCAAAGUACUGAUUGCACUCCUAUUGAGAAGUCUUGCCCAGAAAUGGCUUUAGAAACCAGAGUUAACAGCAGACAAGACAGUAAUAUACAGAAAUCUCCAUCUAAUGAUGCACCAAGUGUGGCUGGAAAAUCUGCUGGUUGCUGCCUAGCACUUGAACAACAUGAAACCGAGGAAAAUGCUUCUAUCAGCGACAGUGCUUCCUGUUGUGACUGUGAACCAGAUGGUUUCCUCCCCAAAGAGGCUGAAGAUUGCUCAGUACAUGACUUUGUGAAGGAAAUCAUUGACAUGGCCUCGACAGCCCUAAAGAGCAAAUCGCAACCUGAAAAUGAGGUAGCUGCUCCCACUUCAUUAACUCAAAUCAAGGAGAAAGUGCUAGAACAUUCUCACCGGCCCAUCCAGCUAAGAAAGGGGGACUUCUAUUCCUACUUGUCUCUUUCAUCUCAUGACAGUGAUUGUGGGGAGGUCACCAGUUAUGUAGAUGAGAAAAGCAGCACUCCAGUGCCACUAGACGCAAUGGACUCUGGCUUAGAUGACAAGGAGGACAUUGAAGGUUUCUUCGAGGCCUGUGUUGAGGAUGAUUCUAAUGGAGAGGAGCCCUGUUUCUCGGGUGCCCCUCCAAAUGGAGCUGCAGGUCCCGGUGGUGCCACCGGGUCAGCCUCUGCUGCGUUCAGUGGGAUUCCUCUCCUAGCCGACGGUGUCCGCGUGGCUCGCUCAAGACCUCCCCCUCAGGAAGAAGCUGACCUUGGGAGGGAAGAUGAUUCGCUCCAAACCUCCCAAGGCUGUGCGGAAAGCUCAGUGAUUCCUCCAGGUGUGGAGAGUGAAGAAGAAAGUUCAGGUAACCCGGACGAAUCCCGAGUGCCAGCACUUGACACUGCUUCGGCCCAAUCUAGUGCUCUUGACCUCUCCUUGAAGGCAAGUCAGCCAAAAGACAAGGCUGCAUUCCAUCCCAGUCCCCAGGCUUUAGCCUGUGAGGAAAACCUUGUAAGCAUUCAUGAAGAACGCCAUAGAGAUAUGCACAGGUAGAUCGGAUCGCCCUACAAGCAUGAAAUUCAUCUCGUUGAAAGAGGGCCUGGCCCUGCCCGGGGGCUCCCGGCUGUCACACCGCCCAGGUCGCGUCAUGUGGUCACUACCGUGUGUCCCCUUGACUUCCUAAGAUGAAUCUUCCUUCUGAGUGCGGUUUGUCCACGCAAGCUUUGUGACCUGGGCGUCUGCAAAUGGGUCUAUUUAGGUGAUCAUCUCUGAAGUUCAACAAAGCUGCUUGUUCUCCCAUGGAUUCCUGUCCCGAGCUACCUCUGUCAACCCCGUCUCUCCACAAGAAUGUCCUGUUGGCUUCUUCCCGUUCCCAGCCGCUCCUUAAAGGUCUACACGUCACCAAAAUUGAUGGUCCAUUGCAUUUCCUCUCUGGAAUGACUCCCGACCCCUUCCUGCCGGUACUUGACCAAUUUCGUGUAUCAAUCUGGAUUUUUUUUUUUUUUUUAGUAGGAUGAUACCUAUGUCUAUUGCAAGAGGCUUACCCAAAAAGCAAACAACUCAUUUGACUGUGGCAUAGAGAAGGAACACUGGUUCUUCUUUCAAAAAUCAAGCAACUUUUUAAAGCGCCAUCCUAUUUAUUUCAUUUAAAUAAUGAUCUAUGCAGCACUUCAAGAAACAACUAUAGUAGUGUUGUGUAUUAUAAAUUGGUGACAUUCAACUAUUAAAAUAUGUAAAACAUUUUUGUUUUUCUAUGCUUCUUGAAGUGGUAAUGAGAAAAAAAAGUUGUGGUUUUUUUUUUUAAAAGUGUGCCUUGCUUGUAUUUCUUAUACCAUUUAUUAAAAAGCUGCUUUCAUGGUAAAAUUAUGUUAGUUUGAAAGGAGGAAAUCGCAAGGUUAAGACAUGUGAAUAAUUUCUGUAUAUAUCUAUAACCAAGUACGAACAUUGAUGUAUAAUGACAGUAUAAAUGCUUUCAUGUUUAUGAUGUCUAGUGAUGUGGAAACUAUAAGCCUUAAGUUCAUUAGAUUGCAUGGUAAUUAAAAUUGGCUUAAUAAAACUAGUUGAUUUGGGGGAAAAGGAAAAUUAGUGAUUCCUUCUACCUAUGUUCCUUACCAAAUUGUUUCAACUGUUUCUGAAAAAUAUAACAUCGAAUAGCAUCUACAAUGUUUGUAUUGCAUAAGAGGCUUAAAAUGACUAAAACUACACACUAGGCCUGAAGCCUUUACAAUUUAAAAUUUUUUUCUGGCCACUAAGGAUUUUGAAACAACAAAAUAAUUAAAGGCCAGUUCCUCUAACCAAUAAAAUUCAUACUAUCUGUUUUAUUUCUUUUUAUUAUUAAGGGUUAAUUAAUGUUGGAUUUCAGGAUACCCUUGUGUGUCUUUAUUUAUUUAAAACAAUUGUUUCAAAUGGGUUUAUAGAAGGAUGGUAGAAAAGUAUAGAAAAAAAUCACCUAUUAUUUUUAUUUAAACUAUAGAUUUCAAGUAUAUUUAUUUUGUGUAAAAGAAAGCAGCAAAGAAAUAUUUCAUUUGAUCUCUACUGAGUCUUGUUAUAUGUAGUUUUAAAUUUAUAUUAUAAUUCCUACUAAAGUGCCUCACACACAGUAGGUAUUUUCAAGUAACUUGCUGAAUGGAAACCAUGGGAACAUGGGUGCCACAUAUGUCUCUUCACUUUGAGAGACCUACAUUAAAACAUCUACAUGACUAGAAAAAGAUAUGAUGCUGUACAAAAACCACCUACAACGUAUGAUCACUGAGCAGAUAGCAAAAAGGGAAAGAGUAUGAGGGUUUCACAUGUCACUGAAAUGACAAUCAUUCAUUCAACAGAUAGUUCAUUGCCAUCCCUUCUCUUCAAGGCACUGUUCCAGGUUCAAGGAAUGAAAUGUUGAAGAGACAAAGGCCCUGCCCGCAGAGGCUUACCCACAUUAGGGACAAAACGAACACCUUUUAUGCAACACGUAACCUACAGGUGAGGAAGCGAGAAAAGAUAGUGAGAAGUAUGAAAAAAGCAGCAGUGAUGGACAAGAAGAAGAAAAAGGGUGAGGAGAGAGCAGAAAGUUAGACAGUAGAGCAUUAGUGGAGAUUUAUUGCAGGGAUAAUAGGAGAAAAGGCCAAUUAGAAGGACGUAAUGGAAGGAAUUUCUGCAAGUUAAGUUGGAGCUUUUGUAUGGAGUACACUUGGUAGUUAGGAAUCGUGUAUAGUCUUUGUUUUGCACCUGAUUUUGUUUUGUAAUUAGAACUUUAGGACACUUAAACACUGCUUGCUUGUAAUUCUCCCACUUUAAUCAUUUUAUUUUUUAUGCCCCUUAUAAUCUUUUGCAUAUAUAAAUUUCUAAAUCGCUCGUUCUAGGCUUUUGAAUAGUUAUUGAUUUCUUCUAAAGGUGUUUUUGUUGCAGUGUUCAAAAAGUGUUCAAGAGAAUCACUGUGCGGUGAUAGAAGAGGUAAUUGUUGAGCUAGGAGGCAGCCAUAGAAAAUAAACUAGGCAUGAGACAAUAAUAGAAUAUACGGUAUAUUGGCCCAGGGAUGUGGAGAAAGAAAAAGUCCUAAGAGUAUUUUGUACCUCUGUUUGAAUAUGGUAUUAUUUUGCACACUGAGACAACCUCCAUUUUUCUUAGGUAUUUACUAAUGUCAAAUGUUUAUCUGUUGAUGACACAAAGAAUUAAGUUGAUUAUGUUGUUCUAUUUACCUGUUAUAAACUCAUAGAAGACCUUGAUGUGUUGAACGUAUUUUUUAAUUAUCUACUUAAUGUUAACACCAAAAUUUUAGAUUGUCUGCCAGGCUUAUUGAACAAUGCCAUUUCCAGUUAGAAGAGGUGAGCUAGUCUCGAUCUCACACUGCAUGCGGAUUAUUACCUCCCCAGUUACUACCCUCAGCACCAGGUACACCGACAUCGCCUGCACUCUGCCUGGAACAGUGGUUUGUUGUGUGUUAAGGCAAGCCAUUCCACUGCUGUGCAUGUCUCUAUGUUAGAAUAUUCUUUUAUAAGUUGCUAAAAUCUACAGGUAACUCCCUAAUCUACCUUCUGAUUUUGGUUACUAGUCCUAAUUCUGUCUUAUGGAGCAGCUCAGAAUGUUUUUCAUGGCAACUCUGAAGGCACUUGAGGCCAGUUAGUCAUCCUUUCCCAACCACUCUUCCUGCCUUCCAUACGCCAUGAUUUUCAGAUUCAUUUCAGCUUGACUGAAUGUUAAUAGACAGGAUCCUUAAAACUGGGGCACUGUCUUCAUCAUUAUACAUGUAGAAAGUAUCUGCACAUUGAAGUGAUAAGUCUUCUCUAAGAUAUAUUCAAGAUAUAUGUUUAUUCUAUUAUUGUAAAUUUCAAUAAAUAAAUACGUAAGUAAAUCAAUAAGAAUCCAUUACUUCAUUCAGUGGUCCAGGUUCAGUUCUGGAGUCAUUUGAAUCAUUUCCUUACAGUGAAUUCAAAUCUAAACUAUGUCUCUUUCCAUGUACUUAUACAUUGAUUCACUCAUUCAUUCUUUGAGUGGCGAUGUGUAUGAGGCACUAGGUUUAACAACAGAUGUACAAAAACAUGGUCUCUAUCUCCAAAGGUUUACAGGUUUUCUUCAAGUGCCUGUCAUGUCAUUGAAUAGAGUGAUUAUGACUUUUCCCCAAAUUAAAUGAUCUCUCUCUCACACACACACACAUAUACACACACAUACACAAACACACUUGCUUUGUUUCUUAGCUAGUUUCUCUGUUCUCAAAAACAUGGUGAGCAAAAUAGUCUGCUGGAUGAUCUGGAUCUGACUACUAGAAAAAGUAAAGCAAAGGGUAUAAUUACUGAAAAAAAUCGAUUAUUUUCAGAUUUAUGGUUAUUGAAUAAAUAUGCAACUUGUACAAGAAAGCAAUUUGGAUUUAGGAAUAUUGAGAACUUGGGGUUGAUUAUUUUGUUGUGUUUGUUUCAUCCAGCUUAGGUUUUACCCACUCUAUAAUUCCUAGGAACAAUAUAGUUGAGAAUAUCAAAGCAGAGAGAAAUGAUCCAGCUGUUUCUUACAGAUAAAUUUGCUUUAAUUUCCAAAUAAAGUUGGAAUUAUUUUAGAAUUUUAAGGCAUACAUGAUUUUUUAAACACCAUACAAUUCCUACAUUUCAAAUAUAGCUUGAACCAAGUAAA